AAGGUGGAAUGAUCUUCCGUUCUUCGGGGAGCUACGGUAUUUUCCAAACUGGAUCUGCGGUCCGGAUACUGGCAGAUACGGAUGGCGGACAACUCUAUCCACAAAACUGCUUUCCGAACUCGGUACGGAUCGUACGAGUAUUUGGUAUGCCGUUCGGACUCACCAACGCCGGCAACGUUCCAAGCCGAAAUGAACCACAUUCUACGACCACUUCUGGACGAAUGCGUGGUGGUGUACCUGGACGACAUACUCAUCUACUCGCGCGACAUGAAGCAGCACGUCGAACACCUGCGACGCGUCUUCGAAAUUCUUCGACGAGAACGAUUCUACGUCAAACUGUCCAAGAGCGAAUUCGCCCUGAGAAAGGUCCAAUUCUAGGACACAUGGUGAGCGCUCAAGGAGUUCACGUCGACCCCAAGAAAAUCGAAGCCGUACGUACGUGGAAGACACCCGAGAACGUGAAGGAGUUGCAGCAGUUCCUAGGCUUCGCUAAUUACUACAACAGGUUCGUGCCACAGUAUGCGAAACUCGCGGCACCACUCACGAAUCUGCUGAAGAAGAACACGCCCUACAAAUGGGAGACGAAGCACCAGGAAGCCGUGGAGCAGCUGAAACAAGCACUAACGUCCGCACCGGUGCUCAUCUUGCCAGAUCCCGAACGUGACUACGUCAUCGAAGCAGACGCCAGUGAUCAGGCCGUGGGCAGUCUUGAUGCAAGACCAGGGGAAUGGACUGCAACCAAUUGCCUACCUCAGCAAGAAACUGCACGGGGCAGAACUCAACUACCCGAUACACGACAAAGAGGCUCUUGCAUCAUCGCCUUCAAAGCGUGGAGAUGCUAUCUCGAAGGACGAAGAACAACCGUCUACACCGACCACUGCAGCCUGAAAUAUUUGAAGACACAACCCAACCUUUCCAGGCGGCAGGUCCGGUGGAUCGACUUCCUCGAGACACACUUCCACUACGACAUCGUGUACAAGCCCGGCCACAAGAACAAAGCAGACGCUCUCAGCCGGCCUGCACACGUUGCCGAUUCAGAAAAGCGACAUCUGCUACAGUGGGACAGUGACAUCGCGUACCGGAAAGGAUCAACAAAAAUCUGGGUACCCAAUUACCCUCCUUUGCGCCAGUUACUACUCGAAGAAUACCACGACGUCCUGUACGCCGGACACUUCGGUAGCAACAAGACGCUCACCGGUAUCGCCAAACACUACUACUGGCCCCAUAUGGCAGACGACGUCCAGAAAUUCGUCACCUCGUGUGAUACAUGUCAGCGGAUGAAGAGCAGCAAGCAGAAAAAGGCGGGCUACUGCAGCCUCUUCCUGUCCCAGAACAACCAUGGCAAGUGGUUAGCCUGGACUUCAUCACCGGGUUACCACCUACCUCCAGCGGUCAUGACGCCAUCCUUGUCGUCAUUGACAAGUUCUCCAAAAUGGGACACUUCAUCCCGACACACACGACGGCACGCACCGAGGAGACAGCACAACUCUUCGUUCGUCACAUCAUCUCACAGCAUGGCAUCCCAACUACACUCAUCUCCGACCGAGACCCCAAGUUCACCAGCAAGUUCUGGAAGGAACUUAUGUCUCUGCUCGGCACCAAACUCGCCAUGUCAUCCGCAUACCAUCCGCAGACAGACGGACAGACCGAGCGCCUCAACCAAAUUGUUGAGCAACUCCUCCGAGCAGCCUGCAAGGACGACAUCUCCAAAUGGGACUUGCACCUGCCCGUACUGAGUUUGCUUACAACAAUGCUACACA